AUGCCUAAGGAAGAAGCAAAGAGAUAUGGCUUUGAACAGGAGCGGUUAAGAGCAAAGGCUGUUCAAGAAUUCAAGGAAUACAACCAACGCCGAGUGUUAUUGUUAGAAACAAGCAAAUUUUUUCGCAAGAUUGAAAAAAUUGCUUUCGAUCAUCAGGGGCAUUUGAAUAGCAGGAAAGAAUGGACUGAUUUCUUGUCUUGCCGAAGAACACCGAAUCCAAACAGUGCUGCAGAGCUACAAGAGACUCUUUAUCGAUGGGUUUUUCUUCAGGAAGAGGCCUGUUCGAAAAGUUUAAUCGGUUGGACACUUUCAGACGAUAUUUCAAUCCCUACUUCACCAAGUAACGAUUCACAAAGUAGCUCUGAAGGAAACAGAAAUGGAGUCGCAAAGAAUAUACGCGAAAUUUAUAUAAAGCCAGUCCGGGAGGCCUUGGCCGUCCUGGAGGCAAUAGCAAACGUUUCGAUAGAAAAGCAACAUGAGGAGGUUUUGUUAGUUCGGGAUGAAAUCCGGAAGUUCAUUACCGAUUCACUGGACAGAAUGACCCUUCGAAUUGGUAGCAGUAUCGUACGGACUAUGGAACCCUCCAACCCCUUGAUGAGCGAGUUUAGCUUCGAUGAACCCGAUGUCCUAGCGAUGUUUCUUUGGAGUUUCCGUUCCGUUCCCCUACCACCUGAAUAUAAUUUUCUCAUGAAAGUUAUCGACAUGGAGCCCCUCGGACUCACCAUUCACCGCCCCCAGUCACUAGAUCUAAAAGAUUUCUUAAUCCGAGGCCUUUGGUUGGAGUUCGAUCACUUCAGUAAUCAGGACCCAACGCGAGAUAUUGCCCAGCCGGAUUCCACCUCGUUGCUGGUUUUGGUGCAGGAAACGGAGUGGAACGAAAGGCAGGAAAUCCGAAGGAAGCGCCUAGCAGCUUUGCGCAAGCAUCGAGAAGAAUACGAAGCGGAAGAGCGUCUCAAACAUGCUGAAGCGGACACGCUGUCCUCUAAGACGCCAAAAGCGGCUUCCGUUAAGGUCAAAGAAGCUAAGCCUAAAGCGGAUGCAACAAAAGGCAGGAAAAAAGUCAAACAAGUGCCCGAAGUGAUGCCGGAGCCCCCGGUGAUUACGGAUGAAACCGAGGUGGACAUAGAUGCCGAGUACGAACGCGAAGAAACCGACCGAUUCUGGGCCUCGCUGUCCAAUGUGGCUCCGGGCUCGCUACCUUUGGAGGAAGGAUACAUGAAUCUACGGGAGUACUGCAUUAUUGGUGGGAUUUACAAGCUGACCCGCUUCGACACGUUGCCUCAACCCAUUGAGAUAAGCCGCGGUUUCAUCUACUCCAAUGUUCCAGUUAGUUUGGAGCUAUCGGAAAAAGCCUUCCACGCCGUCGACGAAGAGGAAUUGAUCAAAAUAGAGCUACAACUCCCGACGCAUUGCUUUUGGUGGGAGCAACCGACAAUUUGCCGCUGGGAAACAUGGGAAGAAAGUGAAAACUUUGCGCGACUCCAUCCGAAAGUUCAACAGUUUCAGCUUCGGUACACCGACAUCGAGGCGCACAAAGCGACUCUGCUAUUUUCCGCACGGGAGAAUGAUUCAUCCCAGCUUAGCGUUCCAACAACCAUUCCGGACUUUGACCUUGCGGACAUUCCGGCCGAAGUACGGCUACACUACCUCAUCCGCGAGCAUAUUCUUCCACGCCUGCCAGACGGUUAUCGAUUCCGAGCCGAGCUGAAGCGACUGUAUACCGUCCUAAAGAAAAGAGCUGAGCGCCGAAUGUGCCGUGACCGCGAACAGGUAGCACGAAACAAGAUGAUGCUAAUGUACAAUCGAAUCAUCGAAGCGAGCAAUCACGAUGGUGGUCUUGGUGAAAUGCGCCACCCCGACCAGUCGGACAUAGACGCAGACGAAGGUGAUGGACGAAGUGAAGCGAACCAUUCCAACAACUUUGAGGAGUUCCUAGAAAUUGAUGAAAAAUUGCAACAGCUUUCAUUAGCCCGUCCGAAUGUUGCACGUUACUUGUAUCCCCCAAAACCGUUACAUCGUCCCUUGCACUUCGCUCCGGACUCGGAUUGUUCCGACACAAGUUUCGAUGAGCUGGGAGCAGGUAUGGACCGGCUAGUAUUGACGUUGGAGUCUCAAGACACGAUGCUCGACGACGAAGCCGAAGAGUGGGUGUGCAAAAUGUUUUCCAUCUUCUUAAGACUACUUGAGUACCUGCGGGAUCUGCUGAAACCAAGCUUUCCUCCAGUGCCUCCACCUUCACCUCCGAUAGACAAGUGCCCCGAACCGCGCAGAAUUGCCGUAAGAGGAAUCAAACGCCGGUUCAUUGACAUCCGGACAACGAAAAAGUAUCCCCUGGGUCUUGGAUCAAGGGACAGGUCACUUUCACGAGUCAGUGAAUCGUCGGUGGCCUCGGGCGAGAAAAAGAAGCGCAAACGGAAGAGUACUCCGGUGCGUGGUAAAAUCACUUCGCAUCCGGAAACCCAAGAACAGGCAUCGGAGAAAACUGAAGGCCCACCGGAAGUGUUGUCGUUGAUUGAACAUGCGCCGGGACGAUGGUCGACCAAACCGAUUCGACGUCAACUGUACGAUGCAAACAAACGGAUGCUGACGUUUUGGACCGAUCGCCUGGGAAUUUUCGGAUUAGCCGCUAGAAAGUACUUCCAUUUACCGUUCCUGCACUGGGAGAUGCGUCGCCACGGACGAGUUGCCAAUGUGACCACCGUGCUCACCCUAAGCGCCCACAAAAUGAAACUAUCCUUUUACAUCACCUCGCAAGGCUAUCGAGUGCAUGUGCAAGAAUGUCAUGGCGAUGAUUCUAGGCAAAAAGAAGCGAAAGACGAUAAAGCGGGCAUAAGAAUCGCCCCAGAAACAGGAUGGUUUUCACUGGAAGAGCUGGACAAAUAUUUACUUAAGAUAAACGUACACGUGUUUCCCGAGGUGGACACUUGCUUCUACACCUCUGGCUGGCAGGCUGGUUCCGCGACCGUUCCCAAACACGAACCAAUGGAGCUGCACAACCUGCGCUGUUUGGGGGCUUUCUGCUUGACGCACAACCUUCAACGGUGCGUGUGGAAUGAGUUCGCCAAUCGACGAACGAGCCUCGUACUCGGCCGCCAGCUGAUUGAAGGGAGACACGAGCCGGAAUUUGAGACCAUCAUGAUAACGCCACUUAAGUCACAGCUAGUUGAAGUGGAAGAGCUGUGCUCGAACACGCUCGAGGAGGUCCUCUUGGCUUUCCAUCCACGUCCCUCGGAGCAAAGUUACAAUGCUGAUUGCUACGGAUUGCUGAAGGAACGCUUGGAGGAACCUUCAAGAAAGGUCCUGGCCAAAACACCGCCCCUGCUGCAGUGGAACGUGAGUCAGCUGCUACAGAGGCUCCGACUGCUCAGCUACUCGUAA